CCGGGGUGGAGGCCAGUCUUUGGAGUUGUCGAGCAUGAUGUAUAGAAUAUACUUCUUUGGAUGUCCGUCGGAAUGAACCGAAUCUGAAGGGUGUUACUAUUUUCCGGGGUGAUUUCCAUUUGUCUUCGAUGCGAUGGCGGAUAAGGCGUUAUCUGUUAUCACAAUGGCAACAUGCAGCACCGAACCUAUUGCAACGCUAUAAUUAAAAUACGAGUAAAUUCAUAUUUCCGAGCUGCACAGCGAGUCAUGAUUUGCCGGGAUCGAGUUCUUUGUCGUCUUGUGAUGGUGGGACAAUUGAUGUCUGUGGUGGUAUUGGCGAUGAUAACGUGCUCAAGACGAAUAUCAGACCAAUCAAGCCAAAGGGUAACAAUUUUUCAUCCAUGCAACUCCUUGGAGUAUCGACGAUACUACCCAACAGGAACUGCUCUUUAUUAACAGGACUUUGUCAUAGAUCUGUAUUGGCCUCAUCGAACUUCCAAAUAUAGG